AAAAGACAAAGUUCCGUGCGUCACGGAAAUAAAAUUGAACGAAAUAAAGUUGUGUAAUGAAGGUGUCCCCAUUCGUACGACAGAAGCUCCGAGUCCGUUCAUAAGUCAGAAGAUUACAAAGAAACCGGCCACCGCUUCUUCGGCCAUCAGUCGACCUAGCCAAACAUCAAAUAUUGGGAAUAUUUUGAGAGGCAAAAAUUCGUCUUCCUCUACUGCACUGCCCUCAACAACUUCAUCAGGUUCAAUUGUCAAUACAAGAAAACCGAAUAAACCAGGCGUCACUUCAUCCAAGGAUGUGCAAUGCGGAACCAUGGCGCAAAUAAUAGGAAUUUGGCCGUGGCACAUUGCACUUUACGCGUCGGAUGGUUUACAGUUGAGAUACAUUUGCGGAGGAAACUUGGUCAAUCAAAAGUACGUGAUUACUUCCGCUCAGUGCGUAACCAGACCGGGAACGAAUCGGAAGGUCGAUGCAGAAGGAUUCCUCAUACAUCUAGGUCGCACAUUUUUGAUGACGUCCACCGUUGGCAUUCAAGAACGCAGAGUGGAGAGGAUAACAGUUCAUCCGGAGUACAACAGCAUCUAUCUGCAGAAUGACGUAGCCGUCUUGAGGCUAUCACGAGAUGCCGAUUACACCGAUUACGUGCGCCCCGCUUGCCUGUGGAGCGAAGCCGCUGAUGAUAGUGUAAUUGGAAAAAUAGGUACCGUCAUCGGAUGGGGUACGAUGAACGAUGAAGAGCGACAAAAUACAUAUACCCUGCAGAAAGCCCAAAUGCUAGUCGUAGAUACGUUGACCUGUAUCUCGUCUAACCCAAAUUACUACAACAAAUACACGUCGACAAACACGAUGUGCGCCGGAUUUAGGAACGGUACUUCUGUUUGCAACGGCGAUUUGGGCGGUGGAAUGUUCUUUUCGAAAACGACAUCGAAUGGAGUGGUUUGGGUGCUGAGGGGGUUGGUCUCUCAUGGUAUGACGCUUCAGGGCAUGUACUGCGAUCCGUACAAUUACAUUGUGUUUAGCGAUUUGGCGCAUCAUAACCAAUGGUUGAACUUUGUAUUGAUUGAAUAAUUUUAGAUUUUAC